AUGGGUUACAGAAAAGUCUCAGAAGAUAGGGAAACUGUAACCUUGGAAAAGAAUGAUGGGCCUGCAAAUCCGUGGGGUGCGGAUAUACCGCACAUCUAUUUUGCUUCAAGGACACUAAAGAAAGUACUCAAUGUAAAAAUCUACUCUCCUCAAAGAUACGACCCGCCGAGCGAUUUAUUUCCUAAUUUGAUGCAACCAUGGAAGGAAGAUUUGCAACCGAUGGUCGAAAACAGCCUCGUGUUAACCACCAAAGAAGUAAACAACGUGUUCUCCUUUGCUAUAAAAAGAGCGUCUACACAAGUCACCUUGUUCGAUAGCUCACACGGUCCUCUAAUAUUUUCUGACAAGUUCCUUCAACUUACUAUAUUGCUGCCUUCUGAACAAAUGUAUGGAUGGGGCGAAAAUGUUCAUGAAACGCUUAAACAUGACUUCUCGGACUAUACAACUUGGGCAAUGUUUGCUAGGAAUGAGGACACUGGUGCAGAGUCGGUUUCUAAAAGAAACCUUUAUGGUGUGCAUCCAUUUUACAUGGUGGUCGAGGAAGACGGUAAUGCUCACGGAGUGCUCAUAUUGAAUACUAACGCUCAAGAAAUCACUACAGCUCCCGGACCUGCCUUGAUUUACCGCACAAUAGGAGGCAAUCUCAACCUUUUCUUUUUUCCCGGGCCCACUCCUGAGAAAGUCAUCCAGCAAUACCUAGAGAUGAUUGGUAAACCUUUCCUUCCUGCCUACUGGGCAUUCGGAUUCCAAAUUAGCCGUUGGGGAUACAAAAACAUCAGUGUUGUGGAAAAAGUGAUUGAGAAAAAUAUCAAAGCUGGGGUACCAUUGGAUGUAGUCGUGUACGAUAUCGAUUACAUGAAUGAACGCAGAGAAUUCACGCUUGGAAAAGAGUUUGAAGGACUCCCAGCUUACAUAAGAUCGCAGCGCGCCAAUGGAUUGCGGAGUGUACUCAUUUUCAAUCCUGCUAUCCCAGUGAAUCACGAGUCCUUCGAGAGAGCUCUUAAAGCGGGAGCACGCUUCGUAGAAUGGGAGAGAAAAGAUCAAGUUAUGCGUUCGGCUCAGGAUCGCUAUCCGCUUGUGAAGGAUACAAAGAUAAUGCUCGGUGUAACUUGGGCGAACGAAUAUGCAGCGUUUCCUGAUUUCUUGGACCCAAAUAGCAGUACGGCAGAUUGGUACAUCAACGAAUUUACAAGGUUCCAUGAAAAAGUUCCAUAUGAUGGUAUUUGGCUAAGUUUAAAUGAACCUACCAGUUUUUACACUAAUGAGCAUGCGUCCUCUUACUUUCACAGUUUUCACGAAGAUUCCAAGAUUAUGCCUAUUUUCUGCCCAAAAAAUGCGGAUGAUCAGUACUCAGACUGGGAUGUAGUGUUAUAUUCGACGCACGCUGUAUUUCUUGAUGAACGCAAAUUGAAAAAUUCAUGGCUGGCAUCAAAAACAUUAUGUAUGGUAGGUAUGGCAGGUGGUGGCAAACAGCGUCUUUACAAUGUAAAGAAUCUAUAUGGUCUUAGCCAGGCCAAAGUAGCUUUACAAGCUCAAUACAAAGCAACAAAGAAGCGGGGAUUUGUAGUGUCACGAUCUACUUUCGUUUCAAACGGACAGUACUCCGGACAUUGGCUGGGUGAUAAUACAGCGUCCUGGGAGGACCUUAGAAGAGCCGUCAUUGCGGUUCAAGAAUUCAAUAUGUUUGGCAUUCCAUUUGUUGGGUCGGAUAUUUGUGGAUUCAAAGACGACACGACUGAAGAGCUUUGUCUGAGGUGGCAACAAGUAGGCGCUUUUCAUCCACUUAUGAGAAAUCAUAACAGCUUUGAUAGCAUUCCGCAAGAUCCCGCUCAGUGGGCUUCAGUAACCUUUGCGACAAUAAAAGCAAAUCGUUUCCGUUAUAGCUAUCUGCCAUAUCUCUUCAGCCUACAUUUCAAGGCAUCAUUGUAUGGAGGAACCGUUGUCCGACCUUUGUUUUUUGAAUACCCAAAUGAUGCGGGUGCCCACAAUGCAGAAUACCAGUUCCUUUGGGGUAGAUCAUUGCUUAUCGCUCCUGUUGUUUAUGAAGAAGAAAAUAGUGUUGAGGCAUACGUGCCUGAGGAUGACUGGUACUCCUUGUACGACUAUAAAUACGGGCGCAGGAUUGACAGUGGUGAUCAAGACUUGCCAGCUCCUUGGACUUUUCUCAUUCCAGUUCUUGUGAGAGGAGGUUCAAUAAUACCACGUCAGCGUCCUGAAAACACAACAGACCGUACACGGAAAAAUCCAUUCGAACUUCUGAUUGCUGCUCGAGAAACAAAUGGUUUGGCUAACGGAUUUCUUUAUUGGGAUGACGGUGAAAGUAUUGUUGAAUCAUUCAAGACUCAUCCAUAUUGUUCGUGGUUGUUUCUGUUUUCCACGAAUGGCACUGGAGCAACACUUGUCAUUGAUUUGCAACAUAAAACCGAAUUGCAAGUACUUCCCAAACUCGAUCUGUUAGAAAUAUUCAAUUACAAGGAUCCACCUGAUUUUUCAACGAUAUACCUAAACAAUGUAAAGGUGAAACUUGUUAAUGAGCUGUCCCAUUACAACGGAGAAACCAAGAUCUUAAUUAUCAAACUGAAAAGUGGAAUAGAUUUGACAGCAUCGGACCACAUGGAGCUUUCCUGGAAAAAUAAG